AUGGUUUCAAAAAAAGUCUUUCAAACUCUGGUAAUUUGUGUUGAGAUUCUCCUGUCUACUGCGACUGACAAAGCUGUUCCUGGGCCGGUGGUACUUCUUCCUUUGAACAAACAAUUUGGUACAAGAGACAUAAGUAAGAAUCCUCAGCCUACCACAGCAGGUGAUGUAUCUCUGACUACUGGACCAGAUGGCCAGCCAGACGGGGCAUACAAUUUUCCAGGAAAGCCAUCAGGCUAUGUCGAAAUUCCAAAACAAUCCAAGACAGACACAAGGUACAAUAUGUCAUUUUUCACUUGGAUCUAUAGCCAAGGCACGUAUGGUCCAAUAUUAAAUUAUGAAGCUGAUCUAAACGAGUGGACCGGUCUUCACGUCAUGAUCCAUUCACCAUCCUUAUUCUAUGUCAGUUUGGUUACUCGAGAUAACRCAAACGACCCUGUUAGAAUAGAAGAUACUAUUGCUAAAAAUGCCUGGACAUUUGUUGGAUUUACGUACGACUACACCGGUGGAAAAGUGAGAAUUUACAUCAACGGAACUCUUAAAAAGGAGAAAGUGUCCCCGAAACACGAGCUGAAUACAAACUUCAAGAUUCGAAUUGGUGGUACGAAGUAUGGACAUCCAUCUUAUAAAGCUUUCUCUGGACGGUUAUCGUGUCUUCAGAUUUAUAGCGUUGUACUGACAGACGCCCAAGUAAAGUACAUUCAACACUAUUGUCGUGACGUUCUUGAUAUCUUUAARCCAUGCAUGAAUUACACAUCAAUUGAUGUUCCUGAUCGACAACUGAGCAAGAGGGAAGGUGUUCAUCCUCCAGACAAAACUACCAUUGAUUUCACCAAAUGGUGUAGACUUACUUCGAAAAGGAUUCUUUCAUCCUGUCCGACGUCAAGUUCCUGUGGGACCAAGACUCCAGGAUGGCUUAACGGUCAAUAUCCUUCGCGGGAAGAUGGGAUCAAAACAAUGGAAUUGUGCUAUCGUAAAGACUCUGAUUGUUGUGCCUUCAAAGUCAAUGUGCUUGUGAGGCAGUGUUAUGGAYAUUACGUGUYCAAGUUUCAUGACUUUCCGGUUGAAGGCCGAUUUUGCACAGAAACAGCCCAAAAGACUUUUGCUGACAUUAUUUUUAUGUCAACCAAUGAGAGAUGCUUAAUUAACCACGUGUUUUAUACCGAUGAAGACGUCAAAGACACGUCAACCUGUGUCGGCUAUUGCUUGAAUGCUGGGAGCAGAUGCAAGUCUGUUAACUAUAUCAACGAAGRGAGCGGAAAGUGCCAGCUUAACAACGCCACAAAGUCUGAGGGUCAUCUUCGAGAAGAUUCUAAAUGUAUUCAUUAUGAAGUGAUUUUAUAAAUAACUUAAUUUGUAUGCUUGUGUGCAUGCGCACUGACAAACAUCAGAUCAAGAUCUGCAUCGACCUACUAUUUCAUUGUGAAAAUAAAGGGAAAAAGUUAAAAGAGAUUAAAAACAAAACAAAACAAAGA